AAGAAAUGCUCUGAGUGAUACGUCUCUGAGUUUCUGACCUGAUGUUCUGUCCAGACUUCUGGUUGUCUGUCUGGAGUGAAUCCAUCCUCUGGAUCCCCCGUUUGCCCCUCUGCUAGAGGCUGUGGAUGCUGGCUUAAAGACAACAUGAUCGACUACGAGCGUCCCUCUCCAUUAGGCUUUGGGCCGGCUGGGAGGAGUGUGUUGGUUCCUGGGCUCCCAGUGCACACACAUACACACACGCUGACAACCAUGCCUGAGAGAUACUCCCACCAGAGAAGGAAAGCCAGCACAGCGGCUGCUAGGAGGAUGGAGAGGAGACGCCGGGACCAAGGGAAAAGCUACAGCAACAACAACCCGACCAGCAGCCACAACCACCGCUCCAAGAAGCUGGCCAUGCUCUCCAGGUCCUUAAUCCUCUGUCACUCUAAGACUAAUGAUGACUAUCCAGAAGAGAGGCAUGCUGGGGAAGUGUCAGACGGCUGCAGGACAUGGGGUCCAGGCUGGAAGACUGAUGUGGCUGCUGCGGAUGAGACACGGUACAGAGAUACAGACAACAGACACUGGAGAACAAGCCAGCAGUCAGCCCUGGAGAAAAGAGGAGGCACUGAGGCAGAUAACCAGGUGCAUCACACUGCCACACUCAGGGAGAGUAAAAGGAGCAUAAGGAGGUCCUUCAGCAUCAAGGAGAGUAGUAUCUGGAGGAUGUGUGUGGCCACAGGGACCACUGAGGAGGUGUGCGGACCACAAAUGGCUGAUAACAGCGUCCAGACAGAGGACAAAGACACUAAUGGGGAGCCAGGAAGGAAUAGAAGGAACCUACACAGAGGCUGCAGCUUCCUGAGCCCAGACAAGCUGGCACCCUUUAACGGACAGUUUCUAAACGGCAGCACUUGGAUGGCGGGGGAGGGAAUGAGGAGCAGUCACAUUAAAGCCUACAGUGAGGAUGGUUCCACAUGUGAAGACACUCUCCCUUCGCACAGUCUAACUACAAGCCCACAGCACCCGGCUUUCAUUUCCCCAUCUGAUCCUCUAUCAUUGCCUGGAUACACAGACGAAGAACUUCUGGCCAACAACAACCACCUCAAGUUACCCAUCCCAGAGGUGAAUGAGGAGCGAUGCUGGGAAACAGAGAAGACCAAGCAGAGCCCACCAGGACAGGUGGUCAACAAUAGGACACGCUCCAAUUCAACCAGUGUUCAUCCUUACUGGAUUGGGGAUCUGGACAGCAUCAUAAUGAAGACUCCAGAGCUGUACACAGGUCAUCCUCAUGGGAAUAGUGGUUUAUAUGGAAACAGGAAGUCUCUGUCCCAGCAGCUGGAGUUUCCUCACACCACCUCACAACCUGUGCACCGUCCCUCCCGUUCCCUCAGCUCUGCCCAGCUGGUACACUCGAGCAGCAACGUGCAAGCCUUCAUAAUCUGUAACAUUGUGCUGAUGAAGGGCCAGGGCAAGGGUCUGGGCUUUAGUAUAGUGGGAGGGAAGGAUAGCAUGUAUGGACCAAUGGGGAUCUACGUCAAGACCAUUUUCCCUGGAGGGGCAGCAGCUGCUGAUGGACGGCUGCAGGAAGGUGAUGAGAUCCUGGAGCUGAAUGGAGAGUCUCUACAUGGUCUGACUCAUGAUGAGGCCCUGCACAAGUUCAAACUAAUCAAAAAGGGCCUGCUGACCCUGGUGGUGAGGACAAGCCUGCGUGUGGGGGCUCUGUGCGGUCAGGCUCAGAUAGCUCAGCUGUGCAGGUCACGCUCUCUCAGCUCAACUACAGGCAUGGCCAGGAUCAGUGCUGACAUGGGAGACUACAACUACCUGAACAACAACUGCAGUAACACACUGAGCAUCCCGGGUCAGCCUGCUAAACCCAGAGACCGCAUCAUGAUGGAGAUCAUCCUGCAGAAAGAGGCUGGUGUUGGUCUGGGUAUCGGACUGUGCUGUGUUCCAUCUGGUGACGGAUGCCCCGGGAUCUACAUCCACACCCUUUCUCCUGGAUCCGUAGCACACAUGGAUGGUAGACUCCGGUGUGGGGAUGAGAUCAUGGAGAUCAACGACACUGUGGUUUACAACAUGGCGCUGAAUGACGUCUACACAGUCUUGAGCCAGUGCACGCCAGGUCCCGUCCACAUCAUCAUCAGCCGACACCCUGACCCCAAAGUAUCAGAGCAGCAGCUGAAUGAUGCUAUCGCUCAGGCAGUGGAGAACAGCAAACUGAGGAAGGAUAAGAGCCAGUGGAGUAUUGAUGGGCUGCGUAGACUGGAGUCUUGCGCUCACAGCCGUCAGAGGUGUGAGCGUUGUCUGGAGAGGAGUUUUAGUCAGCUGACGGUGCGACGGGUGCAGAAGACCAUGACCCGCUCCUGCAGCGACAACACCAACAGUCACCACCACAACCGCUGCCUCACCAUCCACAACCUCCACCACGCACAUCACAACCCAUCAGCCCGUGUCCACAGCCUAGACACACCCAAGUCCAUGAAGGAGACAUGGUCUGACAACAGACUGUCAGUGCCCGUGUAUCCUGAUGAAGACUAUAACGUCCCGUACAACUCUCCUGCUGCCAACCUGUCCAGUCAGCAAGGCUUGGAUCUGGCCUUCAGGGCCAACAAGUCCAGCUGCAGGGUGCGCGCUGCUCCACGUCGGUACUGCUGGCCUCAGGAUGUGACCAGUGAGGAGGGUUAUAAUGGAGACUCCAGCGGCUCCAGUAGAGGAUCCCCAGUUAGAGAUGAAGGACUGGAGCACUCGUCACACAGCAGCUGCCAGCAGGAAGGAGAACGAAUAAGAGAACAGUCAGAGGGGAGCAAAGAAGAUUUCACCCAUCCAGACAGCGCGGCCUGCACCAACGACAGACUGCACACAGGCAAUCCACCAGCUGUGCUCUGCUCACAGCCAAAGAGAGGCGCUCUGAGGAGACAGGCCCGCAUUGAGCAGCGUAGCCAAGAGCAGCUUCAGGACCCCUGGGUUCGCCUCUCAGACAGCUCCCCUGAAGAGCUGCCCGACAUCCACCGCCAUCACUGCCGCCACCACACUGCAGACAGGACACAGCGUCAGAACGCCCACAGUGAGCCAGCUACCAUGAGUGACGAAGAGAACACCCCCGAGCUCAAUGGCACAGCCGCAGACACCACUUCAGAUCCUCCAUCUGACAUGACUCCUGAAAUCACAUCUGAAACUUCUCCAGGAGCAAAGAAGGGGCCCCCAGUGGCGCCUAAGCCUACCUGGUUUCGCCAGAGUGUGAAGAAAAUUCAGGAUGAGCAGGGCCAGAAGAAGCAAGCUAAACCUGCAGAGCAGAGGCCUGCUGUGGGCUUCAGAAGCUUCGGAGUCCGAUCUGCUUCAUCUGGAACCAACCUGUCAAUCAAACAAAAGAUCAAUUCAUUUGAGACUUUUUCCAGUUCAGACGGUCCAGAGAAGGGGGGCAACAGGAGGCCUGUGGCACCUUCCACCUCCCUUCCUCUGAUGGAGAAGGAGUCCAGGAGUCACCCUGCCUCACAUGGAGAUUAUGGGAAGGGCAAAGAUGAAAUCCCCAAAGAGAUCCAGGAAAACCAGUCUGCAUCUGUUAGGGAGACGGACACCUCCGCUAUCACCUCCUCCACCUCUGAAGCUUGUCAAACAUCAACCAAAUCCUCUGAAGACGAAUCUCCCCCCAUCAAGUCCCCUACAGAGCUCCCACUUUCUGACACCGUCAGCACUGAUCUGAACUCAGGGAUACAGGAUUCAGCUCCAGUCCAUGAUGACAAGAAUGACUUACCAUCAAAGUCUGAGCUAGAAAGACUGGAUCUUAGCAGUUCCACAGAGUCCAAGGUCCUACCUCCUGCAAUGAGAUCCAGCCAAACUGAAGGGAGAAGUCUUCCGGAGGGGACGGAGGGGGACAGAGCAGAGAGCCCAGGAAAGCCGGCCAGCACGACUCUGAGUGCUGCCCCAUCCACAGAUAGUCAGCCCCUGAGAGGCCUGGAGGGAGAGAGUUUAGGGAGAAUCCUCGCCUUCAGUAACCAGGUUUCACAGGCGUUUAUGCGUUCUCUACCCACGCACCCCUCUGGUAACCCUCACUCCCCAAACCUGCAGGACCCCUCUGCAGUGGAUGUUACGAACCCUCAGGAGUCUGAGGCAGAGGACAGAGGAUUCUCUGUCAGCUUGGCCACACUGAGGGAGUGUACCAUUGAGCGAGGGGAGGGGGGAUCUCAUGACGACGCAGCUGUCACUUCUGCUAGUGUUCACUCUGUCAUCUCAGCCAUCCCUUCAGAGGAGAUACAGGAGAUGAUCCAGGAAGUCAAAGCUCUGGACGAAGAGACGCUGAAGCAACUGGUGGACAUCCAUGUUGUGAUUCUGCAUAAAGAGGAGGGAGCUGGUCUGGGCUUCAGCAUCGCUGGAGGGUCUGACCUGGAGAGCAAAGCUCCUACAGUCCACAGAGUGUUUCCCAGCGGCCUGGCGGCUCAGGAGGGCACCAUACAGAAAGGAGACGAGGUGUUGUCGAUUAAUGGACAAACACUGCGCGGUGUCACACACGCCGACGCCACUGAUGCUCUGCGUCAGGCCCGCAAUCUGAAGCUGGCUGUGGUGGUCGUCAGCAAGAAGGCAGAGGAGGAAGGAGGAGAGGGAGGAGGUUGCAGGAGCGAAAAGCCCAUCCCUGACGUGGAGGAGAUGGGAGCUCCAGUGAGUGUGGAGCUGGAGAAAGGAGCUGGAGGAGUUGGGUUUACUCUGGAGGGAGGGAAAGGCUCAAUCCAGGGAGACAGACCUUUAGUCAUCAACAGGAUCUUUAAAGGUGGAGCAGCGGAGCAGAGCGGUCUUCAGCAUGGAGAUCAGCUGCUUCAGGUCCAGGGAGUCAGUCUGCAGGACAUGACCCGUUUCGAGGCCUGGAACAUGAUCAAGGCUUUACCGGAAGGAUCCAUCGCAGUGGUCUACAGGAGGAGGCAGGGGGCGGCAGAGUGACACACAGCUGCUGGGAGCUGCGUACUAACGGAGAGGCCAAUGAAAGACACAAUAACACUCGAGGUACACUGAUGCCGGCCUUUCAUUAACAGUCUCAUAGAAAUCAGGCAUCAGCCAUGUCACGGUGGUCCGCCUUAGACAUGGUGGUUCAGCGGACAACUUCCAAAUGCAUUCCUAUUGUUUUUAUUUCACCUUUCUGACCAGAUAUUAGUUUAUUAAAAGGGUCAGUUCACCCAAAAGCCACAUUUUCUCACUUACCUAGAAUGGUACUGGCACUGGCACUGGUGUCCCACUUACUGUGAAUCAUCUGCAGACCUCACCUUUAUUAGAAAACAGUCCCAGUGUUAGUUUGACAGAGGUCUGUGGACUGUCCCACUGCUGUUGUGUUUACAGUGAAAUCUGAGUUGUUGAAUACAGAGCCCAGCCGGUGUCCUGGGGAAAAACAUCUGUACAGCUGUAAUGAUGACUAUAUAACGGCUGGUACAGCAUGAUCAAUACAAAGAGUUCCCAUAAACUAGGGAUGCACAGAUUGUGAAAUCCUGGGCCAAUACCCGAUGGACACACCGCUGUCUUUCUGUUGUUAUUUAUUCACCGCGUUGGCCAGGAAAACAAAGAUAUCUACAGAUAUUUCUGCCUGGUUGCAGCUCAGUCCAGGGUUCCACUCUUUUUAAGAAAUCAUUUUCCAGGAGUUUUUCUUGACAGUUCAGGACAGCACUUACCUAGUUACCGGUAGACCCAGCAUUGACUUUAACUUUAAUGCCCCCUUUUUUAAUAAUGAAGAGUCUCAGGCCAAAAUGGUUGCUGCAAGUCCAUUCCACUCCGCGUCUGCUGUGAACAGCUAGACUGACUGAUAUGGUCAAAAAGAAAAGAGCGUUUAAAACGUUUCUUGUGCUCCACUUCACGUCUGGUUAACCCACUUAGGGAGGGGCUAACAUACAAUUAACAUUUUUCAGGACAACAUAGAUUAUUUUUCAGGAUAUUUGGUUUUUUAAAUUUAUUUCCAAGGCAUUUCCACGACUGGAGAUCUAGUCUCUAAAUGUCCAGACUUUCCAGGAUGCGUGGGAGCCCUGUCACUCUAUUUCUCUUCUCAUCCAAGCUGUGAGAAUCAGAGCUGAACAGCACUGUCCGUGCUGCUGCCGGGAGCACAGCGGUGUGUGUGCAAUUUGUGCCAGGGCUGGAAAAGGUGAUGAUUUCUCCGAUAUCCAAGUCAGCAUCCAUCCAACACAACAUUUAGCCGAUACAAAAUUGAUCUGACACAACAAAUGAACAACUGCCACUGAUAUCACUGAAUGCCAUCUUAUUUGCUGAUAGGCUAAGGUCAGUCAACAAGGUGAAUAUUGGCCCAUACAAUGUUCAGCUGAUAUGUGGGUGCAUCCCUAUUUAAAAACACAUUUUAAACCAGACUGAAAAAUACGACCUUAUACAAGUUAACUUCAUUAAAGCUGCUGUGCAUAACUUUUAUAAAAAGAAUGUUUUGUCAUAUUUGCUGAAAUCUUUUACUGUGUCCUUGGUUUAAAGAGUUGAUUGCAGAGUCUCAUUCCCAGGGUCCCAAAGUAUCUGUAUUUGACGCUUUGGGAAGGAGACUCAACACUCACCCACCUUUCUUGGCUCGGACUGGUUGUUUUGGUUCAGGCCCGGUGGAUUCUUGUAAAUCCCAUUAGGAGCACUAGGAGGAGCCAGAGGAACCUGAUUGUUUGAAAGAUUAUCUGUCUCAUGUUCUACUGUCAGGAUAUAGUGAAAGUUUCAGCAAAUGAGACAAAAAAUAUAUAUUUCUAUAAAUCGACCUACUGCAGCUAUAAUCCAAUCAAGAUAUUUUAAGGCCUUGAAGUCAGAUUAUGAAUCUUUAGAGUUUUUAGAAUGCCCUGAAAACAGUAAUUUGGCUAAUUGAUCAUUAAUUCAUGCAUGCUACAAAUUGCACAAACUAAUUUGCUUUAUUUUUCUCCAUGACGCCUCCUCCUUAAAUAUGUGGCAAUUUUGUUUAGAUUGGCCAAAACUACGGCUAAGUAAGAGGCAGUAAAACUUCCCCUAAAACACUAUUAAAAAACUAAAGUUAUUUAAAAGUUUUAGGCCAAAGAUAUUGGUAAACAGCUUUGCAACCUGACAUUGGAGUAGCACACUUCCAAUUUUAUCAGCUGUAUCCAUCACAGCACAAAACAGCAAGCCACAAAUCAGACCAUGUGAGCCACUUAACAUUUCAUCUAAGACUGAUUUCAGCUAAUGUGAGGCAGGUGGUCUCACAUUAUUUGCGCCCCUGCCUUACAAAUCAGUCCUGAAGUCAAACCGGCUCAGUCUGAUUCAGUUCAGACAUUUGCACAAACCUGACAGGAGAAGGGAAGAACUCCGGUAAAAGGCAACGCCUGUGCAGACCAAUGCAACCCAAUUCAACUGCUCAGCAACACAUCUGUGACACUGCUGUGCUGGGUUGAUAAAGGCAGUCACGUGUUUGAAGUACAGUGUUGUUUUUAAUGCUCCUGGAUGUUUAGUAGAUAUGGAGUCACAUGUAAAAGAAGAGAAUUAUAUAUAUGAAAGCAAAGGUCUAUUUUUCGUAGCAGUGUUACUGUAAGUAUUUGGAAACGGAAGAUCAAGCAGUAUAAUGCACUUUGGUUGACUCUGUAGCUUUGAGUUUGCCUCAAUGGAAUGUUAGAGUUUUGUGUAUAAACAUGAGCACGCACGGGACAUUUUUAGGACAAAGAUUUUUUUGCAAGCACACAAAUUCCAUUUUUAAGAGAAAUGAUCUCAAUUCCUCCUGUACUGUACAUGGAGCAAGUUUGUAGCAAAGCGUGUGUAGAGCAGGGGGUAUGCGAGAGGGCAAACGUGUCUUUUUAAAACUUCUAUUGAGCCCAGAACAGAUUUCUUUGAUUGUGGUAAUCAUUUUAACUCAUGUUCAGGAUGAAAAAUUAGCACCAGCCAAAUUCUGGUAAAAUAUGCAAGAGGUUCACUCGACCGCCAAAAAAAGAUGUCAUUUACUGAGUGGCUGCUAAAAUUUGAACAUCUACUAGCCGUUUUGCCGGUAGACAAAUUUAGCACCCUGCUCACGUGCCAAUCUUCUACUGUGCUCAAAAUGUCCCACUGCGCCCUCACACUGUCUCUGUAUGCAACCACACAACAAAUGUUUUCUAUUACAGUAAACUUUAAAGAAACAAAAACAAUUUACAUCUCGUGUUGGAGAAUAACUUGUAUAAAAGUGUUGAAAACUGA